AUGUCCUUCGGCAACGUUUUUAAAAGGACCCUCCCAUGGGUACAAUCACCACUCAUCGCCAACGCCCCCAUGAGCGGCGCUGCACUCAGCGAGCUUGCCAUUGCCGUUAGUCGUGCCGGAGGACUAGGCCAAAUCGGCUUCCUGGAUGAUAUGCACCAGCUAUCAAACGAGCUACAAAUGGCGCGUGACAAACUACAAGAUCUCAUAGCGACCCUUCCCGAUCCGCAGGUUUUACCCAUCGGAGUUGGCGUGAUAGUCUUCGGGUCCCCGAUGGAAGCAUGGAUGAGGCUUUUCAAAACGCACAAACCGGCUGUGGUCUGGCUUUCGUUCGCUGGGGCAAAUGAUAUUCGACAGUGGACUGAAGCAAUUCGUCAGGCAUCGCCAAAAUCGCAGGUGUGGGUUCAAUUGGGUAGCGUGCAAGCAGCUUUGGAAAUCGUACAAGCAUGUCAUCCGGAUGCAUUGGUUCUACAAGGCAGUGAUGCUGGUGGUCACGGCCACCAGGACGGUGCUAGUAUCGUGAGCCUCAUACCUGAGGUCACGGAUACGCUCCUUCAUCAUGGGAACGGCGAUAUUCCCUUGAUCGCGGCCGGCGGAAUCGUUGAUGGCCGAGGUACUGCUGCAGCACUAGCUCUCGGCGCAUCGGGGGUCGUGAUGGGAACGAGAUUCCUAUCAGCACCAGAAACACGUAUUCCGCAAAUAUAUCGUGAUGCAAUCUUUAAGGCUUCUGACGGUGGACAAGCGACGGCACGAUCACGGGUAUUUGACGAAAUUUGGGGGCCCAAUUUCUGGCCAGCUACUUAUGACGGACGGUGUCUCCGGAAUAGGGUGUAUGAUCAGUAUGCAUCGGGUAUGGAUAUCAAAAAGAUUCGAAGUUGGCUGGCCUCGGAAAUGAAUGGGUCGGGCUCUGAGUCCCUGGAUGUUCACGAUAUGGGUAGUUUAUGGGCCGGGACAGGUGUUGGGAUGGUGAAUUCGAUGCAAAGGGCGGGUGAUAUCGUUCAGACAGUACGAGAUGUUGCCUUGAAAAGAAUUGGAUCCCUCGCUCGAGAGGAGUGA